ACUGAAGUGAAGGGGCAGCACGACGGAGCAAGUUUAGGGCUGGCUCUCGAAAUGACGUCUCUGAUUUGCACUUUACAAGACCAUCGAGACGAUGUCAACUGGUGUGCCUUCUCAGCCAAACUGUUAGCCACAUGCUCUGGGGACAAAACUCUCAGGAUCUACAACACCCAUGACUUCUCAGAGCUACCUUUCUCACCGCUGUCAGGACAUGGCUACAGUGUCCACUGCUGCUGCUUCAGUGCCUGCGGACAGUUCCUCGCCUCGUGUUCAACUGAUGCGACCAUUGUGGUCUGGUCCAUGGCCGCAGGUGAGAUUGAGGCCAUCAUGGAACAUCCUGGCCGCAGCCCUGUCAGGAUCUGUGCGCUCUCUCCGGACUCCACCCACCUGGUUUCUGGUGCAUCUGAUGGCACCUUGGCUCUGUGGGAUUUCCCUGCCAAACAGCUGUGCAGGACCAAGGCAGUGAACGACGCAACAAUGGUAGCCGGCUCCUUCAGCCCCUGCGGCCAGGUAUUCAUGACUGGUUCCACCUACGGAGACCUGCGUCUGUGGGACCUGGACAUGAACCAGCUCCAUGCAGAGAAGAAUGCCCACGACCUUGGGGUCACCUGCUGCACCUUUGCUCCCAACAUACUCAGCGGUGGUCAAGUUGUGCAGUUUCGUCUGGCAUCCUGUGGCCAAGACAGUCAUCUGAAGAUCUGGGCCAUUAACAAGUUCAACUCUGGAGCCUACAAGAUGCAGCUCCUGCACACAUUAGCUGGCCAGUCGGCUCCGGUCCUCUCCUGUGCAUACUCCUUAGAUGGGCAGCUGCUUGUGUCUGGCUCUGUGGACAAAACUGUUACAGUCUAUGAUGCUAAAAAUGCAGUUUUGCUUUAUACGCUGAACCAGCACGACAGGUACGUGACAGCAUGUGCCUUCUCUCCCACUUCACCACUAAUUGCUACAGGAUCUAUGGAUAAGACUGUAAACAUCUGGAGGCUGGAGGACGGCUGCAGUGGCCAUGGCGGGAAGUCAUUGUCUGAGGAGUCUGCUCUGACAUCAAGUGAAGGGAGCACCUCAGCAGGCCGAUCGAAGCUGCUGGUGACUGAUUGGUCGGAGGAGGAUGUGUCAGAGUGGCUGGUGGAGGAAGGCCUCGGGGGAUUGGUUGACAAAUUCAGGGCCAACAACAUAGAUGGGACUGAGCUGCUCAGUCUCACCAAGGAAACACUGGCGUCAGAGCUGCUCAUAGAGUCCGUAGGCUUGCGCAGUAAACUCCUGAGGAAGGUGGAGGAGCUGAAGGGUGAUUCAGUGUGCUCAGGUAUUCCUGAUGAGUUCCUGUGUCCAAUCACCAGAGAGCUGAUGAAGGAACCAGUCAUUGCUGCUGAUGGCUACUCAUAUGAGAGAGCGGCCAUCGAGAGCUGGAUCAACACCAAGAACCGCACCAGCCCAAUGACCAACCUCCCUUUACUGACGACCCUGCUCACCCCUAACCACACCCUGAAGAUGGCUAUUGGCCGCUGGAAGACCAGCCACUAGCAUCUGAAAAACCUCUGACCCGGUGAUCCCCAAAUAUUUCACCUGAAACAGACAGAAACCAGAAUACAGUGCUCACAGGGAUCCCACAGCAUUACAGGUAAAGGUGCGUGUGAGUUUAUUUCAUUUGAGACAUCUGCACAUCAUGGGACUUUCUUUGGCGGCACUCAUUUAUAAAGCUGCAUUAAGCAAUUUUUGGAGGUGAGGUUGCUAAGUUUAUGUGUGUGUACAUUAGCACUUGCCACAAUUACUGUUUAGCUUUUUCAAAUUCAUGGAAGAAAAAGCAACAGUGCAUUAACAUUUAAAGAAAUGUUUUUUUUUUUUUUUUUAAUAUUCCUUUCUCUUCAAAAAUCAACAAAAUAUGUAACUUGCCCAGGGGUACUAAAUCAUCUGCAUGCCACUGAAUGUAUCAACAAAAAUCCUUGUGAGCAAGGCAAAAGAAAGCACUUUCUACUUAAAGAAAACAAACUUUGAUUGGGAGGCGUUUAGCUUUCUGUGAUUUUUUUUUAUUAUAAUUUAUGACUUUUUAAUUGAUUGAAUAACAGAAGAAAAACAAUGAGCUGUAAGUUUCUGAAAGCUACACAGAGCUGUAGACUGUUGCUUUGCAGUUGGAUCAGCAGCACUAAACACCCCUUCACAUCACUGUGUGCAAUGUUAGAAAUAUUACUUAAUGCAGCUUUAAUUGAAAAUUAGUGAAGCUGGUUCCGUUCAGCAGUGUAACAAGUUAGCAUUACAUGUUUUUCUUUUCUUUUCUUUGAGAUUGUCUGAACAUUGCAGCACCUUACGUUUUACAAAUCCUAUGGGAAUAGUGCUUGGACAAAGUAGUUUAGCGUUCACUUCCCUGUGCAAGCUGACAUCCAGCAUUUGAUGAAAUUACUGAUACUGAAGACAUUUCCGCCAUAUUCAGCAAUGUUCACAUUUUUAUACAGGUAGUUUAUUUUGGUGGCUUGGUUAAAUGUCAGUCUAGAUAAGUAAAGUUAUGCUAUCCAUCCAUACACACUCCGAAGCAUAGGCAACAUUUCAUGGAUUAUACUGUGAAAAAAGGUAAAUGUAGAAAUGUAGUCCUCCAUUAAUAUUUUAUUAUACCACAAUAAUGUUGUGGUAACAUUCUGUAAUCCAUAGUAUGACUCAAAAGGGGUAUAUAACAGCUAUGGACAUACAGCAAUAUAAGAAGUCUCUUAAAGGUUUUUUUUUAGCCUUGACUUUGACUGUGCUCUCUGUGUCCAAAUAAACCAAUAAACACUUCAUAUGAAUAUGUUCUCUGCUAUGCAAAAAUAAAUAACGUAUACUGUGAAUAUUGAAGCAAUCAAGUCAAUAUUACAUUAUGACAAGAAGUUUCCAACAUCAUUUACAUCUUUUUUUUAUCAAAUGUACCCAGAAAAAGAAUCUCAAGUACACAAAGUAAUUUCUUUUGAAGCCUGUAAUGCCGACAGAUAACCACUUACAGGGAAAUAUAUAAUCUGCAAAUAUAGUGUACACCGUACAAAUAUAAAUGUUUUUUAAAAGACACUUGACAAUAGAAAUGGUCAUAUCCUGCAACUAACAGCAUGAGGUUCUGUAUAUUCGUGCACAAAGCUUUCUCU